AUGGCGAAGUCCUUUAUCUUUGACAGACAGCCUCCUAUCAAAACAUUAACUCUUUUGUCUGCGUCUUGCUUUUGCAACUCUGCCUCGUUGCUUCGUUGGCUUCACCCUGUAGUCAAUGGGUUUGUUGAUCAUGUCGAUCUCACUUUUUUGCAGCACUCUUCCACUACCCCCAUUUGCUUCCCAGGUCCCAUUCUAACUUAUUCACCUCUUGUUGUUUUGAACUUGAAUGGGAAUGGGGUCUUAAUGAUAUACCAUGUUGAUAAAUAUCUUACUCAUUUGCCCAAACUUAAAAAACUCCACAUGACAAAGGUUCGUUUUCGAAAGCUUAAAUAUCUUAUUAAGAUUCUCUCUGUAUGUCCAUUUCUCGAGGAUUUACUCAUAAAAAAUGUCAGCACCCAUGAUGAUAAUGAUACUCUUGAUGCUCUUGCUAAACAAACAGACGAGUUAUUAGAACCCUUCCCCAAUUUGCUCAAAUCCCACAUUUCUGACUCUUCUUCUAUUUCUUAUUUUUUUCCCUUGAAAUUGUUUUACAAUGUGGAGUUUCUACGCGCACAAGUAGCGGUACGAAAACCCUUGAAAUUGUUUAACUAUGUCGCGCCAGUACAGACAACUCAGUUUUUCAAUUUAACUCAUGUGGAGCUUAGCUUUGAGAAAGAGGAUGAGGAAUAUUAUUGUCGUUGGGAUUGGUUGAAGAAGUUCAUCCGCGCCUGCCCCUCUCUUCAAAGUAUUGUAAUUCAUAAGAUCGGAGGAGGAGGCUAUGGAUCAAGCGUUGAUGAUCAUAAUUCAUUGCAUCCACAAUUUGUCCCCAACUGCAAUGUCUUUGAUAACUGCAACAAGUCUUCUUUUUUAGAAAUUUUGGAGGCAAGGAAAGUGAGCUUUGCAGAAAUAAGCAGCUCCAAAUGA